CCAGUUGGACUUUUUUCUUACAUGGAUUUCUCAAGUAGCAUCUGGCUGGAAAUUUAAGGCCUUACUGUGGAAACACAACAAUACUUUGUUUUUUUUUGGGGUGGAAAAAUACUCCUUCCAACUAUGGGACGCUACGUGGAUCUUCGAGCCAUCACCCAGCCCAUAGGGAUCAUACGAAUAAUAACAUCUGUUCUCACUCUUACGUGUUUUAUCCUGGUGGCAACAGUGGGACAUUCUUCCUCUUCAUACUGGGCGUGGUGCAUGUUCACUUGGUUUUUUUGCUUCUUCUUCACGCUUCUUACUCUCAUCCUGGAGUUCACAACAGUCAACGCCAAAUUGCCUUUUGCCUGGGAUGACUUCACCGCUGCUUUUGCUAUACUUGCGAGCCUAAUGUGCAUGUCUGCCUCCAUCAUCUACCCCAUAUUUUUUACCUGCCCGGCCUGUCAUCGGCAAAUAGCAGCCUCUGUGGUAUCCUGGAUUUGUUUCGGACUGUAUGUGGGUGAAGUUGUCUUAACGCGCCUUCGUCCAAGUGGGCAGAGCAGUGGCUUCCUGUCCACGGUACCAGGCAUAUUGAAGAUACUGGAGACCUUUGUCGCUUGUCUCAUCUUCACAUCCCUAAAGGAAUCUCAGUACGCACACUUUCCAGAACUGCAGUGGUGCGUGGCCGUGUACUCUGUGUGUUUUAUCUCAACUGUCGUCAUGAUUGUACUAACCCUGGCACAAGUGACCUCUUAUUUUCCAUUCUCCUUCGACAAGCUGGCAACCAUCCAUAACGUUGUGGCAGCAGUGAUGUAUAUGACAGCCAUGGUGAUGUGGCCGCUCUAUAGUUUCCAAGGCAACAAGAGACCAGUUAACUGUGGAAAACUCUGUUUAUGGGAUGAACUAGUUCUGGUCACCUUCAUGACAAUCUUCAACUUCAUCGUUUACACGCUGGACACCAUCUACUCUAUACGUGUUGUGUUCUGUCUCAGAACUGAGACAACUUAGACAACAGGUCAAACACAUUGAAGUCGUUAGAGUCACUGACAACAGCAAGCCUUUGGAUAGCGUUAUGUAUUUUUUUUAAAGUACUUAAGGCAUGUGUGUAAAGUUCAAAAGAUUUUGUUUUGUCCAUGUUGUCAUUUUAGACAGAAAGGAAACCCUUAAUGUCAGAAUGACUAUUUAAUGGCAGCACUGUCUCACAAAUAACAUUACUGUACAAUGAAGAAAUGUCAACUCAGAAUAGACAGUUAAUGAUUAGAGCUCUUUGUAUAAAGGCCAUAAAAUGAAAAGUACCAGUGUAGAACUUUGAUCCUGAUGGUAAUCGGUGUGUGUAUUAACGACGCAUGCAGGCUUCUUUUAUUAUACCGGUAAAGUCCAAUUGUGUGGCAAGUGAACCUAAGUUACUUUCACUUUAUUUGGGGAUGCUGCAAAUUGUUGAUGUUCUACUGGUUAUUUAUUUUGGGUGGUACACUAAUUUAACUCCAAAUGAAGGAAACAAUGUUAAAACUAUUUGUAGUUGUAUAGUUGAUAUAUUUGGAAGUUAGGCUAGAAAAUACAUCCCUUAACAACCACACAAUGCUGUUUUGUAUUGUUGUAGCCAAAAGUUGCCCUGAUAACAAUGAUGAAAAUGCAGUAAGAGGUUUUUGACAUAAUUUCAUGAAAUGAUCAGAUUUAUUUUCUGGAAAUGGAUGCAAAUUUAUGUAUGACCCUAAUUAUAAUCCUGAUAUAAUUUAACUCCAUAACACAAAAUGUAUAAUUAUGUAAAUGGACGAUAUUCAAUUAUUAAACAGCACUUUUCUAAUCUUGCUGACCACUGAAAGUGUUUUUUAAGCUACUGUAUAAACUUCAUUCACACAAUCUGUUCUGUAUAAGUCUCUGAAGUCUAAGUCUGGAAAUCUCUCUGAAAAGGUAAAACAUGGAACUGUAUUUUCUUUUAUAAAAUUGUCACCAGUUUUCUGUAAUUAGUUGUCAUUUGGACAGAAAGUCAUUGCACUGCGAUGCAACAUCCUACUUGACGUUUUCAAACACAAUCAGAGGUGAUCGGAGGUAAUCUGGGAUUCAAUGUCUUGCCAAGGAUAUUUUGAAAUGUGGACAUUGAGUCCAAGAGUCAAGCCACCAACUUUCAGUAUUGCAUGAAACUGUAUCGUAUGCACUUUGUACUUGAAUUUCCGAAGUCUCUAUCAUCGACAUGCAAUCAAAUUUAACAAAAGAUUAGUAUUGUUGUAGCCAUUGAAUAUCCAUAAAUACCAGCUGUAUCAAACAUGAGGGGAAGUGUCACAGUUUUGGUAUUUAAUUCCUGUUUUAUUUUGAAUCCCCUUGUGUUUAAGUUAAGUUUAAGUUUAAGUCUUAUCUUGUCUUUCUCUUGCUCUCUGCUGGUCCGUACUGUAAUAAAUCACAUUUUUUGGAA